AUGGGACCAUGUGGUUGCGGAAAAUCAACAGUAGGAAAUUCGUUGGCGAUUCGAACUAACUGGCCAUUUAUAGAAGGUGAUGACUAUCAUUCUGAUAGUAAUCGAUUUAAAACGUCUAUGGGAAUUCCGCUGAAUGAUGAAGAUCGUUUGCCAUGGCUUCGGUCCCUAAGAAAUGAGUUAAUGCAACACAAGAAUGCCAUAUUAGCAUGCAGUGCUUUGAAAAAGUCGUACCGAAAUAUUUUAUCCAGUAGCAACGAUGCAAAUUAUCAAACAAGAACACUUUUUGUGUUGCUGAGUGCAAAUAAAAGUCUGCUACAGAAACGGGUCAGUGAGCGCAAGGGACAUUUUGCACACCCUUCACUUAUAGAAAGUCAGUUAGAAACAUUGGAAUCAUUUGGAGAAGAUGAAGAAUAUCUUGUUAUUGAUGCUAUUUGUCCACAGGAGAACAUUUCUUCAAACAGUAAGCUUACUCCAUGUAUACAAAUAAAUCUGGAGACGACCCAAUGAAAGCGUCACAAUUCUGGGAAUUUUCACAUUCAGGACAGCUCAGAUUUCGAAAUUUCCAAUGAGAAGCAUACGCUCACUUAUAAAUAGUACUUUAGAGUAAGUAAAAGCUACAUAGUAGCAUUUGCUAAGAAAUUCUUCAGUCCAAUAACUGUCAUUUACAUAAAAGUAUUUCUAAAUGAAACCGAUAAUUUAUAUGACAUGAUGCUUGUCAAAAAUAAAAUGAAGUGUUGAUUUGA